AUGACAACAGGUGGAAAGCAAGAAACCAUUUACGACGCGUGCCGAAACGGUAAUGAGGCGCGAGUGGAGGAAUAUGUGCGGCACGGUGGCUCCGUAGUCGAAUACGACAAAUUCCGGAUGACACUCCUGCACCACGCGGCAUACUCGGGUAAUAUUCGAGUUGUUGAUUUCAUUCUUUCCGCUCAAUGUUCUGGACAACAGCAACAACAGCGUAUUGACCUGGAUGCAGCGGACGCAGAUGGGUGGACUCCGUUACACUAUGCGGCCGAUCGAGGGUUUGUGUCCAUUACCGCAAGGCUACUGGAAGAAGGAGCAAAUGUGAAUGCGAAAGAUGGAAUGAAGCGCACGCCGCUUCACCUCGCAGCGACCAGCGGUCGCGUGGAUGUUGUGAAAUUGCUGCUGAGCAGCGGAGCAAUGCGGGGAGUGAAAAAUGUGGUUGGACUAACAGCGUUGGAGUGCGCCAAGGCUAAUGACCAAGUUGAUACAGUGAGUGUCCUUGAGCACUGUUUCACCAAGCGACAGCAUGCAGAGGUGUGUUAA